AUGCUUGCAAAAUUUUUGAAGUCAUUAUCAAGUGAUUUUGCUUUAAUAUUGAAGACUAUAAUGUCAUCAUUAAAUGACUGGGUUAAGACUGAUAGGAACUUUAUCAUGUUUGAAAAGUCUAAUAUCUCACCUGAAAUAUUUAUAUUUGUCUCAAAAAAUCAAAAUCAAACACGUAUAAUAGAUUUCAUAGCUGCCGCGGAUGAAUUGAUUCUCACUGAACUUGUAAUUUAUUUGAAAGAUCAUCUUCUAACACAUUAUGACCAAUGGAUUCGUCAGCAUUCACUUCAAAUUCUAUAUCACAUCACUUUUUACUCUUGUAAUGAACUUCAAGAUAUAUGCCUAGAAAUUAUUUGUGAAAACCCUACAUCGUCCGAUGGUGAUUUUCAGGUGUUACAAUCCACCUUAAGAAAUUGUGAUCAAAAUAUAAUUUCAGAUAAUUUAUUUGAUUCAACCCUUAUCAAAUUUAAACAUGCAACUGUUAUUUCAAAUUGGAUUGAUUGUGUUGAAGAUCCUGAACAAACUCGAUUGUAUCGAAAGUCACCAUCUCAUUCGUUUAAACUUUUAUUAUGUGGCAAAGACGGGUCCAACCGUCGUAAUUAUGAAAGUUGCUAG